CUAGCCUGUGAGCACUACACGCAUAUAAAUCGAGGAUUGAGAAGACUACACCGAAGUGUGGAAUAUUUAUAUUCGUUUUAUUAAAAGGUGCUGUGGUGGUGAGGGGAAGUAGCUGCAGCCAUGGACACCACCACCUCCAUUAAGAUGACCACUCUGGCCAUCCAGAACCUCUUCAGCUACGUGGAGGAGGAGAACCUGGCAGCGCUCAAGGCCCACCUGGACAAGUUCAAGGAGGUGGACGGCAGGAGUGACAAUGGUCAGACACCCCUGAUGCUGGCUUCGGAGCAGGGUAGUAUUGAGAUUGUACAGGAGCUCAUCAGGAGAGGAGCCAAUGUUAACCUGGAUGAUGUGGACUGCUGGUCUGCUCUGAUCUGUGCUGCUAAGGAAGGCCAUGUAGAGGUGGUGAAGGAGCUGUUAGAAAGCAGUGCUUACAUAGAGCACCGAGACAUGGGAGGCUGGACGGCCCUCAUGUGGGCUGCCUAUAAAGGCCGCGUGGAGGUAACCGAGGUUCUCCUUGAGAACGGAGCCAACCCCAACACUACUGGGCAGCAAUACAGUGUGUACCCCAUCAUCUGGGCAGCAGGCAGAGGUCAUGCUGAGAUCGUCCAGGUCUUGCUGGAGAACGGAGCCAAGGUCAACUGCUCUGACAAGUAUGGUACCACCCCUCUGAUCUGGGCAGCCAGGAAGGGCAAUUUUGACUGUGUGAUGCACCUGCUGGAGAAUGGAGCCGAUGUCGACCAGGAGGGGGCGAACUCGAUGACAGCUCUGAUCGUGGCAGUGAAGGGAGGUUUCCCUGAGGUGGUGAAGGAGCUUCUGAAGAGGAACCCUAACGUCAACAUGACAGACAAGGACGGCAACACAGCCCUGAUGAUCGCUGCCAAGGAGGGCUAUACUGAGAUAGUACAGGACUUGCUGGAUGCUGGCACCUACGUCAACAUACCAGACAGGAGUGGAGACACGGUGCUUAUCGGAGCAGUGAGAGGAGGACAUGUGGAGAUAGUGAGGGCUCUGCUGCACAAAUAUGCUGACAUAGACAUCAGAGGACAGGACAACAAGACAGCCCUGUACUGGGCUGUGGAGAAAGGCAACGCCACCAUGGUGAGAGAUAUCCUCCAGUGCAACCCCGACACAGAGACCUGCACCAAGGAUUUAGAGAGCCCUCUGAUCAAAGCUACUAAGAUGAGGAACAUUGACAUAGUGGAGCUUCUGCUGGACAAAGGAGCCAAGGUGUCUGCUGUGGACAAGAGAGGUGACACCCCCCUCCACAUUGCCAUCCGUGGGCGGAGCCGCAGACUGGCGGAGCUCCUCCUUCGUAACCCUAAAGAUGGCCGCCUGCUCUACAGGCCCAACAAGGCCGGCGAGACCCCCUACAACAUCGACUGCAGCCACCAGAAGAGCAUCCUCACCCAGAUCUUUGGAGCCCGACACCUGUCCCCUACUGAGUCUGAUGGGGACAUGCUGGGUUAUGACCUGUACAGCAGUGCCCUGGCUGACAUUCUCAGUGAGCCCACCAUGCAGCCACCCAUCUGUGUGGGCCUGUACGCCCAGUGGGGCAGCGGCAAGUCUUUCCUGCUCAAGAAACUGGAGGAUGAGAUGAAGACGUUUGCUGGCCAGCAGGUGGAGCCGUUGUUCCAGUUCUCCUGGCUGGUGGGGUUCAUGUCCCUGCUGCUGUGUGGUUCUGUAGCUCUGGUCCUGGGCUUCACUGUCGACCCCAAGCUGGCCAUCGCUGUCUCCCUCAGCCUGCUGGCCUUGCUCUAUGUCUGCUUCGUGGUGGUGUACUUCGGCAGUCGUCGUGAGGGUGAGAACUGGAGCUGGGCGUGGGUGAUAAGUACCCGUUUGGCCCGACACAUCGGUUACCUGGAGCUGCUACUCAAACUGAUGUUUGUCAACCCCCCUGACUUGCCAGAGCAGACCACCCGCGCUCUGCCCGUUAGGUUCCUGUUCACUGACUACAACCGUCUGUCCAGUGUGGGAGGGGAGACCAGCCUGGCAGAGAUGAUAGCCACCCUGUCUGAUGCCUGUGAGAGGGAGUUUGGCUUCAUGGCCACCCGCCUCUUCAGGGUCUUCAAGACAGAGGAAUCAAAAGGGAAGAAGAAGUGGAAGAAAACUUGCUGCGUUCCCUCCUUCGUCAUCUUCAUCUUCAUCCUGGGCUGCCUGAUCACCGGCAUGGCACUCCUCGCCGUCUUCAAGGUGGAUGGGGCCAACCAGACGGUGAACGCCGUGCUGAUCGCCAUGGCCUGCGCAGUGGGCCUGGCACUGGUGCUCAACUGCCGGACCUGGUGGCAGGUGGCCGACUCGGUGCUCAACUCUCAGAGGAAGAGGCUGCACAGCGCUGCCAACAAGAUGCACAAGCUCAAGAGCGAGGGCUUCAUGAAGGUGUUGAAGAAUGAGGUGGAGCUGAUGGCGAGGAUGGCUAAGACCAUUGAUGGCUUCACUCAGAACCAGACGCGUCUGGCUGUCAUCAUAGACGGCCUGGACUCCUGUGAACAGGACAAAGUACUGCAGAUGCUGGAUACGGUGAGAGUGCUCUUCUCCAAAGGCCCCUUCAUCUCCAUCUUCGCCAGCGACCCCCACAUCAUCAUCAAGGCCAUCAACCAGAACCUGAACAGCGUGCUCAGGGAUUCCAACAUCAACGGCCAUGACUACAUGAGAAACAUCGUCCACCUGCCGGUCUUCCUCAACAGCCGGGGGUUGAGCAGCGCCAGAAAGAUGUGUGUGGCAGCGCCCGCUAACGGAGACACCGGAAACUCAGACGGCUGGCAUGAGGAGCUGGACAGGAAGCUAUCCCAGCACAGCAUCGGAGAGAUGACCAAGUUUGGCAGCAAGACAACCCUGAACCGCAGGGACACGUACCGGCGACGUCAGAUGCAGAGGACUGUGACACGGCAGAUGUCCUUUGACCUGAGCAAGCUGCUGGUGACAGAAGACUGGUUCAGUGACAUCAGCCCCCAGACCAUGAGGAGGCUGCUCAACAUCGUCUCUGUCACAGGUCGUCUGCUGAGGGCAAAUCAGAUUAUGUUUAACUGGGACCGCCUGGCAUCGUGGAUCAACCUUACUGAGACCUGGCCCUACAGGACCUCCUGGCUCAUCUUGUUCCUGGAGGAGACUGAAGGCAUCCCUGACCAGGCCGCCCUCAAGACUAUCUACGAGAGGAUCUCCAAGAACAUUCCGACCACUAAAGACGUGGAGCCCCUGUUGGAGAUUGAUGGGGAUGUGCGUAGCUUCGAGGUGUUCCUCUCCUCUCGGACACCUGUCCUCAAUGCGCGCGACAUCAAAACCUUCCUACCCUGCACCGUCAACCUCGACCCCAAACUACGAGAGAUCAUCGCAGACGUGCGUGCUGCCAGGGAACAGAUGAGCAUCAGAGCAGUGACCUAUCCCAGCCUGCCCCUGCAGGAAGCCGCUCCCCGCCCCACCUCAGUCUACAGCCAGCAGUCAGGCAUGUCCGCCUGCUCCCCCUCCAUCUCCUUCAACGGGCACUUCAACCCCCCAGGGCUGGUGUCCCCACCGCCCCACAGCAGCAACUACAGUGGUAUGGCUGGCCCCCAGCACCCCUUCUAUAACAGGCCAUAUUUUCCCCAUCAUGUUUACCAGCUGCCACGCCAGUAUGUGGGCAGUUUCCCUGUUCAUGCUCCUCCACCACGCCCAUUCCCACUUAAAAGUGGCUUUCCCCGGGAUCCGAGCAGUGGACUCGGUUCAGCCUCGGUGGUGUCGGGGACCCCGGCCAUCCUCCUGAGCUCCAUGAACACAGACACAGUGUGUGAACGUGUCAAACAGAUCGAGGGUAUCGACCAGAGCAUGCUGGCCCAGUACACUGCCACCAUUAAGAAGGCUAAUGUGAAUGGCAGAGUUCUGACCCAGUGCAACAUUGAUGAGCUGAAGAAUGAAAUGAAAAUGAACUUUGGAGACUGGCAGCUCUUCAGAGGAACUGUGUUGGAGAUGCGUCACGUGGAGAGCCAGGUGCUUCAUGAGGAGGCUCCCAGCGAGGUGGACAGCAGUGUGGUGGGCCACGGGGAACCGAGGCGCCAGGUCGCCCCGCCCCAUGCCGGUGCCGCCAACCUCGACGCCAACUCACCCAUGUACAGCUUCAACCUGAGCUUUGAGGAACUGAGCAAUGUGGGACUGGACGAGCCUCCCAGGCAUAGCAACAACACAUGGAUGGCCCCCACCCACCGUACCCCCAGCAUGUCCAGCCUCAACUCCCAGGAGUCGUCCAACGACAUCGUCAAGCUGACGGAAAAGCAGCAGUCGGAGUACCGCAACGCCUACCAGGAGUACAUCGCCCAGAUGGCCACGCUGGAGGUGGGCGGAGGCGGGGGAGAGAAGCCCGUCCAGCCCCACCCCAACCAGUUCAUGACCUCCGCCAGCUCCGAGGACAAAACCAAGGACAAGGCUACCACCAAGAGAAGCACCUCCAAGCUUCCCGCCGUGGAUGCCCCGGACUUCACCACCGCCGAAGCCUCCCUGGACCCCAUCACAGAGGAGGACGAGAAGCAGGACCCCCAUGGCUCCUCCAAGACCCUGCUCGGACGCAAGGCGCCCGGGUCCAGUGACCGGGGGAGCGGCCUGUUCCAGGGAGCAGCCGACCUCAAGAUGAAGACCGGCGGGCUGCCCUACCAGAAGCUCACCAGCGACGACGAGGAUUCAGAGAACUCCGACGCUCCUCUCCUGGGGGACGCGAAAAAGCCAGGUGACCCCAAAGCAUCCUCCCUGGCUCUGGCUAAGGGUAAAGAAUACCUGUCUGACGCCAUGCUGGAUAAGAAGGAUUCUUCUGACUCCGGCAUGCGCUCCAACGAGAGCUCGCCCAACCACUCCCUGCAGGACGAGGAGGCUGACCUGUCCCAGCUGGAGCAGGCCAACCUGAUCGAGCUGGAGCAGGAGGACAGCCAGAGCCGGGCGGCCAGUAAGAGGGGUCUGCCCAGCAGCCUGAGUGGUCUCCAGGACUCAGCUGUGGCCCGCAUGUCCAUCUGCUCCGAGGACCAGUGCAGCCUGCUGGCCAGCAGCCCCGAAGAGAGCUGGCCCUUAUCCAAGAGCUACAACCUCAACCGCACGCCCAGCAACACCACCCUCAACAACAACACCAACGACCAGCAGCGUUGCCAGGGACAGAGGGCUCCAGUGGGGUCCACCGACACCACCUGUUCCACCCCUACUUCCUCCUCCAUCAGCGAGGUCAUCGUCUCCACGGGUUCCAGCACCACCAGUACCACCACCAAGCCCGGCCCGCACAACGAGAACGUGCGCGUGGUGCACCUGAAGAGGGGGCUGAACCCCGGGGAUCCUCCGGAGAUCACCACCGUGUCCUCCGACACCGUCACUUUCGGAGAGGAGCGCGAGAGCAUCCUGUGAGCCCCCUGCCCAUCUCAUACCCAGGAGAGCACUUAGUCAGUAGAUGUUUGGUGUGGUAAUCUGACAAUGCAUGCGUAGCAAGGUACCGUAGCUAGCUAAAUGGGUAAAUAAAUGAUGUUCGUGCUUGGUGUGCACUAAGUAGAUAGCCUUGUUAAACCAGGCUGAUCUGGCAACCUCACAUUCUGUUACAGGAGGUAGCCUGGUGAAGGUAGCUCACUGAGAUGUUGUACUCUGUAUUUGUAUUGUCUAAAGUGAAGUGAAGUGACCUCUACUAACCGGCUUGAUAUUCUCUAGAGGUGAAGGUAGCUAGCUACGUACACUGUAAAACAAAUUAUCUUUAGAUCAACCUAAUUUACUUCACCUCUGGUAAAAACAACAACAUUAUUAUGACAAAUAUAUGAUUCAAUGCCAACUGUUAUAUUUCAUUAUAUUUGAAGUUGUAGCCUGUUUAUUUCAACACUAAACCUACAUUUCCCCUUUGGUUAAACUUAAUAUAACAAAUACAACAAAUAUUUAAUGACAAUACAUCCAAUUUUUUUCGUCUUGUUCCUAGUUCACUUUUUACUUUGGAAUUACCUUUCCAAAUGUAUUAAAUUGUGUUACAAGCAAUUUAAAUCAACAACCUAAAAAAAUAAGAUGUUUUAAAAUAAUUUUUCCAAACUAAAGACCUUUACAUUUAGGAACCACAAUAUCAUAACCAAGCAAUGGCUACCGUCACAUAGAAACGUUAUCAGGCGCUUUAGUGUCAUUACAGAUGACAAAUACAAUAGACCACCUCAACUGGAAUGACAUUCACUCUCAGGGGUGGGCAAAAAUAACCAACUGAAAGCCACGCGCCCCCCAAUAAGCCACGCCUCGGCAACUCUUCUGAUAGGCUGCCGCCGCUACAUUGCCCCUACCGCUAUUCGAUGUGCAUGAGGUGUGGAAAGCAAUUUAGAAGCUUUCAUUCAAAUAAAAAAAUCACAUUGAUCUGACGAAUUAGUUAUUUGAUUUCAGACAAAUUGAUAGAACAGAUUGAAUGAACCAAAGCGUAAAUUUCGAUCAUUCCAAUCAGUAAAAGCACUUAACAGCGCCGUCCCAUUUUUUACAGUGCAGUAUAAUUGAAAACUUAACUACCUACGUACAGUGACUAACUAUCUGUUUAUUAUUUUGCACUACAACAAGCAUGGUAGCCUGGGUGUCAGUCUGUCUGUGCCAUCUCGCCAACUCCUUGUCAUGCCAAUGGCUUGACAAUGAGCAAUGGAGCUGGCAAGAGCACAAACAGAUCUGGGACCAGGCUACAAGCAUGCCUCAACAGUGUUAAUAUUAGCUGCUGCUGCCUAUGUGUGUCAACAAGUGAUGUAUUGAGCUUGUGGGUGGGUAAAAGAGAAGAUACCUGGUAUAGAUGAAGAAUGAAUGCAUAUGAACACGUGAGCCAAAUGAACAAAAUUGUGUGUGGGAUCUGUUUUUGUCGUGUCUCAGCAAAUGACAUGGAGGAGAAUCAACUGAACUAUUCAUCUCAUUGCAAAAGCCACAGGGCUUUUACCUAUUUUACCUUCCUAUGGGCCCUGGUCCAAAGUAGUGCGCUAUCGGUGGAAUAGGGUGCCAUUUGGGACGCAUCUCCUGCCAACACGAACAAAAGUGUUGGAUAAAAGGGAGGGACGUUGACACUAAUAUGUGACAAUAAUAGAGAAGUAAUCUUCUGAAAAAGUUAUUGAUCGCUGCAAAAUUCAGUUGCUGACUCUUCGCCAUAUGAUACAUGGGACUGUAUGUAUGCUGCUUUGUAAUGAACAGUGGUUGUAAAGUUAUUUGGUUUAUUACAUGUUGUCAGGGCCUGUCUCCUCCCUUAACGUAGUAGAGGCCAAUAGUAGAGGCCCCAUUUGUGAAUCCGAUGCCAUUUAAAUACAUUUUAAUUAAGCAGAUAUGAAAUGUACACUUAAUGGCGUCCGAUUCACAAAUCUGGCUACAGUAAAGAUUGGUGUUGCAUGCGUACCUAAUGAACUGUACAUUGCAUGCCUAAAUGAGUUUGCAAAUAUCAGUGCAAUGUCAGAGUGCUCUCCUAUGUGUUGCAUGCACUGUGAUGUUGUAUGGUGUCUUAACCAGUCGGAUGAUAACCAUGUGGGAGAAGAACACGAGAUAUUCUAUCUAUGAAGGGAAAGAAGUGAAUGGUGCCGUCAGACAUUAUCUGACUGAAAAAUAAAACCUGGUUGUUGACCUUC